AUGGCCAACUUUGGCGGGCCCACGCUGCUCAAGCGCACGUUGGGGCUGCAGGCGGAUCGGUACUGCCAGUACAUUGGGCCCACCACCGACUUUGAGCCCUCGCUCAUCAACCUGUCAUCAUUCGACCCGCAAGAUGAGAGUCUGCUCGCGAGGGGGACGUUGAGGAGGGUGAGCGACAACGACACGUUCUUGUUGCUGCCGGACAACAACACGCCGGGGUAUGAUCACAUCGUCGAGGACGCGGACGAGAUUGAGAACAUUGUGGCGCCGCACGGGAGGAGGCUGAUCGACCUCUACUUUCGGGUAGUGCACCCGGGCUUUCCCAUCAUUCAACGGAGUGUGUUUUAUGAAAAGUAUGAGAGGAGCCACCGCGAGUUUUCGCCGCCGUUGCUGGCGGCCGUGUAUAUCCUGGCCAUCAACUGGUGGGAGCACGAGGAGGAGCUGGCGGGGUUGCCGAAGCCGAAUGUGAGGGAGCUGGAAAGGUUGGUGAGGACCACGUUGGCGGAUGCCAUGUACAGGCCGAAGCUGUCGACGAUACAGGCGGGGUUGCUGUUGAGCCAGAGGCCUGAGGGGGAUCAGUGGGCGCCGACUGCGCAGCUUGUGGCGGUGGGACAGGAGCUGGGGUUGCAUUUGGAUUGCACGAACUGGAAGAUUCCGCCUUGGGAGAGGGGGUUGAGGAAGAGGCUGGCUUGGGCUCUGUAUUUGCAGGUUAGUGUUGUUGUUUUUUUUCUUUUUUUUUUCUUUUUUCUUUCUUUUUUUUCUUUUUUUUUUCUUUUUUCUUUCCUUUUUUUUUUUUCUUUUUUUCUUUUUUUUUCUUUUUUUCAUUUUUCUUUCAUUUUUUUCAUUUUUUUUAUUUUUUUUUAUUUUUUUUUAUUUUUUUUUAAUUUUUUUUUUAUUUUUUUUGCAUUUUUUUUCUUUUUCUUAUUCUUUUUCAUUUUUUUUUAUUCUCGUAGUGAUAAAUGGGGCGCCCUCGUCCACGGCCGACCUUCCCAUAUCUUUGCGUCCAACUGGGCCGUCCAGCCGCUCAAUCCCAACGACUUUCCCGACAUUGAAUGCGACGAGACCGACGCCGAGGAACGGCUCGAGCUUGAGAGGGGUCGGGUCCUUUUCAGGCAAAUGGUCCAGCUUUCCCAAAUCCUGGCCGAAAUCCUGGACACGUUUUACACUUUGCAGGCAACCUCUCAGAUCGCCAACGCCGGCCCGCAGGGCACUCAGCUCGUCUUGUCCCUCGCCAAGCCCAUCCAGCUCAAGCUCAAGGAGUGGUAUUCCGCCCUCCCGGCCCUCGUCAGGAUGGACUCGACCUUUCAGACCACACCCUCGUCCUCUUCGGGGAGCAGGUUCUCCCCGAUCGGCUAUCUGCACCUGGCCUACUUUGCAACCGAGAUCACGCUCCACCGCCGCAUCAUCAGGUCCAUGUCCGCCCUUCCGGAGGACAACAACCCCAACUCGCCGUCCAUCGACCCUUACAUCCAGCACAUUUGCCGCUCGGCCGCCAAGGCCAGACUCAUCUCCGCAAUGGAUUUCGUCAACCGGCUCACUCCGUCCCACCUGAGGGCGUUUUGGUACUUUGCCUCCAAGACAAACUUUGCGCUGAUCGGGACGUUUGGGAGCCUGCUGUGGGGGACGAGCCCGGGGAGGGAGGAGGCGGAGUGGUAUAGACGGCGUUGUAACACGGCCUUCUGA